CCCAAAACGGUCGAGAACGUUGACUAGUACGCGGCGCAGAUGCGCAGCAACCCACAUCUAUUCGGACACUGCCUCUCCACCACGUCCGUGUCACCUGCCUAAUGUCAUAGCCAGCAACUUCCCCACGGAUUUCACUCUGGAACUCGGAUUUGAACCAAUGCUGUGUCUGCUUGUCUCCUCAUUGCGGUUUCCGUAAGUACCUUCCGUAAGCUUUUUACGGGAUCGUGCCCAAUUCAAGAAGUCCCGGGGUCUACCGAGCCUGUUCACGCGCCACCACGCUACCAGGAGGCUUCACAGCCUGCGCACAACAAGGUUAGACGAAGAACAUGCUGCUAACCAACGAUAACUGGGGACUUGGGCAUCAUCAUCUCAUCUCAAUCACUAUGUUGGUGACCUCUAGGGCAAUUAGCCUCAUUGUAACUGGUCUCCUCUUCUCCUUCGCUUCGGUCUUGGCUCGUCCCACCACCAGCUUCGACCUGAAGCCAGCGAGUCCCCCUCUUCUCCAUGACGGUCAUGCACCUCACUUCCCUUCCCCGUCCAUUUCUUCUUGGGAUAAACGUUUGUUAGUCUCGCCUGGGGCCGCCAAACGGUGUGUCAAUGACGAAGACUUUCCGAUCCCAUGGGCUGGUGCAGAAUUGGAGUCCAAAAAUAAGACGAGUUAUAUAACGGCCACUUCCACCUUUACAAUCCCCCAACUUCAAUCUACUAGUCAGAAUACGACUCAGCACGUUGCCACACUAGUUGGCCUUUACUGCGAGGGUGUCGCCCUGACGCGUAUCAAUUUUGCAGUUCAUCCUGAUAAUACCGUUAUCAUUACUGGGGGAACCACGGGAGAUUCAGACUCCCCUCAAAAUAUCUCUUUCGGCAUAGGAGAUAUAGCAAGGAUAUCAAUAUUCGCAUUCAACAGUACGGUAUCUGUUGCAUCCCUCGAGAACCUAAGCAAGCAGGAUCGCUCAGACGGCUUGGUCAUCCACAAUCAUAAACCACUGUGCAACUCGCUCAGUGCCGCAUGGGGAGUUGGAGCUUUCAACGAGGGGAAUUCUCAAUCCUCUUAUGCAAAUUUCGGUACCGUCACUUACCAUAAUGCUGCGGCUUAUAGCACGGUCUCUGGUUCGAUUGUUGGUCCAGAUGGAGCGGGCACUCGUGAAAUUUGCGGAGCUCGUGGAACGCAUGUUACUUCUACGUCCAUCGCUUCUGCCAAUGUGACCAUUUCCUAUCUGGGGCCAUGACUUCACAUUUAUCGCUUUUUACUGUAAUCCCAUUUGAUUGUGUUGUACUUUUCUUUUCUUUUCUUUUGGGUGGAACCUCUCUUGGCUUUCGCAACGUAUCUGUACUACAUUGGGGCUCGUACUCCUCCAGGAAUUGUGUUGUAUCUGUAUUAGGUGUACGUGGCAAAUAUCAUAUAUGGAUCCACAAUGGCAAAUUAAUAUAUUCUAAAAA